CGCAGCCCCCACCCGCUUUCACGACCGACUCUCGGACGCGCCGGAAGCGGAUGUUGCUAAGCGGCUGGGGAGUUGGGAAGGCGUCCGGCUUGUUUUUGGGCUUCUUGGGUAAAGCGGGCUUGUGAAACUCGCCAGCCCGUCUCGCACGACUCAAACCGCUUCCCGGCCCGGCACCCUCGCCCGAGCGGUGUGGUACUCGGGGCUCCGACUGUUCCCGGGUUCCUUGCGACCCGCGAGUUGCGGGAGUCCCCUGCCCGUUUGCCUGGAGUGAGGCCCCGUUCGGCUUCCCUGUGUCCCCGCAGACCCCCGCCAUGGGCAACACGAGCAGCGAGCGGGCCGCGCUGGAGCGGCACGGCGGCCACAAGACGCCGCGAAGGGACAGCUCGGGGGGCGCCAAAGACGGAGACAGGCCCAAGAUCCUGAUGGACAGCCCCGAGGACGCCGACCUCUUCCACUCCGAGGAAAUCAAGGCUCCAGAGAAGGAAGAAUUCCUGGCCUGGCAGCAUGAUCUGGAAGUGAAUGAUAAAGCCUCUGCCCAGGCGCGGCCAACAGUAUUUCGAUGGACCGGGGGCGGAAAGGAAGUCUACUUAUCUGGAUCCUUCAACAACUGGAGUAAACUUCCCCUCACAAGAAGCCACAAUAACUUUGUAGCCAUCCUGGACCUGCCUGAGGGAGAGCAUCAGUACAAGUUCUUCGUGGAUGGUCAGUGGACACAUGACCCUUCUGAGCCAGUAGUAACCAGCCAGCUUGGCACAGUUAACAACAUCAUUCAAGUGAAGAAAACUGACUUUGAAGUAUUUGAUGCUUUAAUGGUGGAUUCCCAAAAGUGCUCCGAUGUGUCUGAGCUGUCCAGCUCCCCACCAGGCCCCUACCAUCAGGAGCCCUAUGUCUCAAAACCAGAAGAACGGUUUAAAGCACCACCCAUCCUCCCGCCACAUCUGCUCCAGGUCAUCCUGAACAAGGACACGGGGAUUUCUUGUGAUCCAGCUUUGCUCCCCGAGCCCAACCACGUCAUGCUGAACCACCUUUAUGCGCUCUCCAUCAAGGAUGGAGUGAUGGUGCUCAGUGCGACCCACCGGUACAAGAAAAAGUAUGUCACCACCUUGUUGUACAAGCCCAUAUGAAGAGCUGGGAGCCUGCGGUGGGCUCCAGGGGACGGUGUGCACCACCAGCUUCCACGUGUGCGUGCUCUCCACUCGAGGGAACAGACUGUAAAUUUCUCAUUUCACACUUGAUAAGACAUUUCAUACCCACCGCAGUCCUGCUCGAAGGUUGGUUCCAGGCGCGGUGGCUCCCGAAGCUCCUGGGCCCGGAGCAGUCCCCUCAGCACCCAGCGGCCGUGGCCUCGGGGCACUCCGAGGCUGCAGACAGUGAGGGGAAGCGGAGGGCCUGCUGCCCCCACGCCGCGGCGAGCGAGGACGGGCGCAGUUCUGAGCCGGUCGUGGGGCUGCUGCGUCAGCCAGAAACGAGCCCUGGCCGCUCUGCUGGGAAGAUCUAGGAAGCAGGGUCUGAGGCCGCACAAAAUUUCUGAUCAUACGUGCGUUUUUAAGGCCGUCAGUUUGUCCCUGAGGCCUGGCUGUGGAGGCAACAGCAGGCACCUGUCCUGUGAAAUCAGAGCAAUAGAUAGUCUCCUGUUCUCUGCUCCAGGGAGAUAAAAUUUCUAUAGAAAUUAGAACCCGUCUGAUUUCCAGAUGAAGUUUUACAAUUGUUUCUUAUGCUUCUGUGCACGAAGUAUUUUUGUCUUAAACCAGAGGUGGCUGACUCUCUGGCCUUAGGGCAAUUUUUAAAUCACCCCAACUAGAAUAUAGAUCAUGUGAACUGUAUUCAGCAAUAAUUUGUUCUUAGAACAGACUGAAAACCCGCUGCCAGAUUUCUCCAUUAAGCUGGAUGACCCUGUGGACUGACCACUGUUAGCUGGAGGCUUGUCCAGCCUUUUAUUCUAAUUGCAAUGAGGGGACAGUGUUACCUUGAAAACCUUGGAGAAGCACCCUAGCCUAGCCUAUGCCAACUCGCUCAGGACCUUGUCUCUACUUAGCAGUGAAGCUAUAGCAGUUGCUGGCAUUUAUUCUGGAAGGAACUUAGAACUUGACAGCAGCCUUCUAAAUUCAUGUCAGGAAGACAUUCUUUGGACCAAAGCAAACCUCUUCACACUCAGCGUGGUUUCCGGGGAGAUGCUGCAGAUGUGCCUGCUGUCAGUGCAGGUGCGCGCCCUCAAGUCAGCAGAGCUGUGGUUCUGCCCUGUGUUCUUGCUGGGAGGUGGAGGAGCGAGCGCCCUGGUUUCCAGUAUUUACUUGGUAAACCUGAGUCUGGGACACCCAUUGUUUUUGUUACUGCUUUCCAAACACUGAGUUAUUGUCACUUGACAUACAGGUUUCAAUAAAGCUUUGUUAAGAUAAUGGA